ACGGGAAACCAGUAAAUGAGCACAUGUUUCUACUAUCAAGAGUGAGAUUUGCGAGAUAUUGUCAAUUAUUUCGCGUUAAUAGUAUAAAACUUAGGAAAAUGUCCACCCACUUCUCCUCGAUACGAGACCCUGUAACAGGAGAGCAAACAUGGGUUCUUGAAGAGGACUAUAAUCGCGAUAUAGCAAGAGCGGCCUACGCCGACAUGUUGCAUGACUUGGACAGAAACAAGGCCUACUACGCCGCAAUAUCGUCCGCUAUAGCGACCAUGAAGGGGAAAGGGCGUCGAGCUAUUGUCCUUGAUAUUGGAACGGGAACCGGUCUUCUUUCAAUGAUGGCCAGCGCCGCCGGAGCCGAUGAAAUCUAUGCUUGUGAGUGUUUCACACCAAUGUACACUACGGCGCUUAAGGUGACGCAAGCAAAUGAAAAAUUGCUCCAAUCGAAAAUUAAAAUUAUUCCUAAACGGAGCAAUGAGCUUCAGAUUGGAGUUGAUCUUCCUCAUCGGGCCAAUAUUUUAGUGACAGAGACGUUCGACACUGAAUUGAUUGGAGAACACUGCAUUUCGACGUACAAUCAUGCGGGACUGGAGUUGAUGGAGCCGGACUAUUUAGCCGUUCCCUCAACAGCCACGGUGUUCGUUCAACUCGUCUCUUCCCCCGUUCUAGCUGAAUUUCAUGGUUUAAAUCAUCCCAAAUACUUUGAGUCGACAUAUAAUUGUCCCGGUCUUCCUACAGCACACGACCUACAGCUCUCGAACCUAAGACCAGGGACAGAUUUUCAGUUCGUGACACCUGAACCACAACCACUAUUUCAUUUUGAUUUUACGAAACAAAUUCCAACAUCAAGAAUAGCUGUGAUAAAGUCUUCCACAACAGACUAUACAAAUGCAUUCUUAUUUUGGAAAUUAAAAAUGGAUGCGAAUACCGAAAUUUCCUGCUUCCCAUCUUUCCUAGAAAAGGAUAACUAUGUUUGGAGGGAGCACUGGAUUCAGUGGGAGAUGUUCAUACCACUUAAUUUACGAAAAAAUGAGUUGAGCAUAACUCAGACUGACCUAGAUUACCAUUUGGGUACAGAAGAAUCAAAGUGUAACUGUGGAUUACAUCGAGCCUUAAGUCGCGGCAGGAUUUAUGGGUUGAACCAAUUAGAUGUUCCAUUUUACCUUAACCUGGAUACUGAAUCAAGUGAAAAAAAUGUCUUGUUUCUCGGAGAUGACAGCCCCCUUCCAAUCUACUUGAAGGAAAAAUAUAAUCAGGUCUCCGUUCUCGGUACGGGAAGAGAUCCUUUCGAUUUUAAGUCUGACCCCUUACCUCCGAAUGCGGAGGAAGACCCAAAUUUGCUUAUCAUAUCUGAACCAUAUUAUUCCAACUCAUUGUCGUGCCUACAAAACCUUCAAUUCUUCACUAAAGUCAAGAAAUACCAGAGUAAGAACUACUUUCCAAAAAGUGCAAUGAUUAAGUGUCUCACGGUAAAGUUCCAUCACCUACACAAAAUCCGUAGCCGAGUUGGAGAAACAUGUGGGUUUGACCUCACCCCAUUUGAUGAGCUAAUUGGGGGUUGCAUAGAUAGUGUGGAUCCAAUCGUGGAGUAUCAGCCACUCUGGGAGUACGACUUUGACAUUUGUACUACAAAUGACUUGUUUACAAUUGAUAUCAAUACAGUGAAAGUUAGAAAGGAGAUUCGCAUACAAAAUGAAGGUGUAAAUGGAUUAAUAUUCUAUUGCAAAUGGGACUUUGGAUCAGGAAGGAAGAAAACUAACUUUCUACCCAAAGAGAGUACCUUUCAGAAAGGAACAAUGCAAAGCUUAAUAUUUCUUAAUAGAAAAAGUCAGUUGGUUAAUGUGCUGUUCGACUUUGACAAUGGUUUACACAUUGAUACAAACGAUGCGUAGAUUUAAAUAGCUUACUGAAUGCUGAAUUUAAUUUCUAAGAAUGGUAUUGUAUUUUUAUGUACAUAAAUUUGAUUACAUUUUAAGCAAAGUCGCCA